CUUUGAGAGGUUAAUAUUCUGUCCAUGUUUCACAUCAAAAUGAAUCAGUGAAUAUUUAACAUCUGAGUUUUUCUAUAUCUUUUUAUCUUCAGAAAUGGACCAGACUCUGUAUUUCAUUCUUCUUCUCAUUGCUCUCUGCUCCGUAUCUGAAUGUGUUCAGCAUCAGUAUCACUUUAUAAAUGAGAACAAGACCUGGACUGAAGCUCAGAGAUACUGCAGAGAGAAAUACACAGAUCUGGCCACCGCUGACAACAUGAACGACACGAACGAGCUGAAGAAGAGUGUGAAUGAUGGAAGUGUUCAGAAUAUCUGGAUUGGGCUUCAGAAGACGGGUCGUGAUGAAUGGCACUGGUCUUCAGGUGAACCUGUGCUCUAUCUGAACUGGGCUCCUGGAAAACCAGAAGGCAGAGAUUGUGGUAUGAUGAAAAAUGGAAAAUUUGAGGAUUUGUCAUGUAGUGAUGAACGAUAUUUCAUCUGCAACAACACAAACACGAAAUUUGUCUUAGUCAAUCAGGCGAUGAAAUGGAGAGACGCUCAGAGUUACUGCAGACAGAAUCAAACUGAUCUGCUCAGUGUGAGGAACCAGAACGAGAAUCAACAGGUUCAGCAGUUCAUUAGUGAUAAUCAUUUAUGUCUGUUCAGAGACUCAUGGCAGUGGUCAGAUCAGAGUGACUCUUCAUUCAGAGACUGGGACACUGGUGAACCUGAUAAUAAUGGAGGUCAUGAAAACUGUGCAGCUGUUAAUGCUCAGAGAAAAUGGUUUGACGUCUCUUGCACCAAUCAAUAUCCUUUUGUGUGUCAUGAAGAUAAACUGAUUGUGAUCCGAGAGACUGUGACGUGGUCUGAAGCUCUGAGAUACUGCAGACAGAAUCAUGUGGAUCUGGUCUCGGUUCAUUCAGAAGAGAUGCAGCGUCAUGUGAUGAACGUGGUUAAACGUGCGUCUACUGCCGAGGUGUGGUUGGGUUUACGUUACUCUCACAUUUUGGGCAUCUGGUACUGGGUGAGUGGAGAGACUGUGUGCUAUCAGAACUGGGCUCCAGGGAACGGCACAUCAGAGGAGGACUGUGAACACACAGUGAGAUCUGGAGCAGUUCAGUUUGGAGGAGAUCAGCGCUGGAUCAGCCUUUCUGAGACUCACAAACUCAACUUCAUCUGCAGCAGAUACUCAGAGUGAAGAAUCUUUUCUCUGUCUUUCUGAUUUUCUUUCAUGUUAAAGUUGCCAGAAGUCUUUCUGUAUUUGAAUUAUCAUGGAAUAAUGUGCUCUUAACAGCAAUGUUUAAUAUUCUUUUAGAUGUGUAAAACACUAAAAUAAUAUAUGUCUGUGUUUUAAGAAUCUCUCGGUAUAUCUGGUGUGGUC